AAAAAAGCUCUCUCUCUCUCUCUCUCUCUCUCUAGGAGCUAAAGUAGGGCUACAAACUGAGUAGGAGUUGCUCGACCUUUUUCUUGGGAAAAAUAUCUGCCAACCCUUCAAAUAUGUUUUCAUCAUCAUAACCCUUUCAUGGUUUAAUUCUAGGAUUCAUCAAACAUCCACUUUUAGAUUCAAAGAAAAAAGAAAAGACUCUAGUUAAGUAUAGCUAGCUAACCCUACUGUUCUCUUUCCUCUUAUUUUCUACGUAUACAAACACAUCCUCCUCUUCAUUACCUUCUCUCCAUCCCCAACCCCUCUCUACUGUUGACAUUUACAGUGAGUGUUGCAAAUGUUGAUCGGAUCCGUUAUUUCAUAAAAAGCUUAGUAGAAUUUAUCAAGAAAUUUUCAUGGAUUCAGUUGAUCAAAACUUCAACAGUACUAGUUCCAAUAUCCCAAACCCUAUGAACUCUCCUCCAACCAUCACCACCGCCAUGAGUAGUGCUAAUACCAUAGGCGGCGGAGUCGGUGGCAGCGGCUCAUCCUCUGCCUUGACAUCACCUACAACACUCAGCCGCUACGAGAACCAGAAGCGGCGAGACUGGAACACGUUCGGGCAGUACCUUCGCAAUUACCGGCCCCCGCUCUCGCCCUCCCACUGCAGCGGGGCCCACGUGGUGGAGUUUCUACGGUACUUGGAUCAAUUCGGGAAGACUAAGGUGCACACGCAACUCUGCCCCUUUUUCGGGCACCCGAACCCUCCAGCCCCAUGCCCUUGCCCGCUCCGCCAAGCGUGGGGCAGUCUCGACGCCCUCAUAGGGCGACUCCGGGCCGCGUUUGAGGAACACGGAGGUGGUCCUGAGGCCAACCCGUUCGGUGCCAGGGCAAUUAGGCUUUAUCUCCGUGAAGUUCGGGACUUGCAGGCCAAAGCCAGAGGAAUUAGUUACCAGAAGAAGAACAAGAAGCGAAAGCGACCUCCACAACAGAAUCAGCGCUCACAACCUCCUGCUGCUGCUGCAGCUGCAGUGUUGAUCUCACCUCAUGACAAUGCUAGUGCUAGCCAGUAAGCACUACUUCAUCACCAAAAUCUCCACCCAACACACACACAUAUAAGGCAUGGUAAUAUUUGUCUUUAUUGAUUAACUACGCCCAUUAGGGUUUAUUACUGCAUUUUUUAUGGAAGUUGUGAACAACUUGAUUAUAAUAUUCUCGAUUAUUGGAUGCCUUAUUAUGUGUUUUCUUCAAUUAAUAUACUUGUAAUAAUCCAUCCCUCUGCAAUAAUAACACUUU